AUGCUCAGCGCUGACGACGAUGAUGGCUUCUCCUUCGACGUUGACGACAUUUUAAAGAAUAUUUUCUCCGGCGACGGCAUGCAUGAUUUCUUCUCCGAUGCCUACGACGGCAUGCAUGAUUUCUUCUCCGAUACCUUCGUCGGCGAGCGCUAUUACUACGUCGGCAGCAGCGAGCGCCUCCCAAACGGUGACGAGCUUGUCCAUGGCCGGCGGGGAAGAGUGAUUGGGCUGGCGUCUGACCCUCUCCUGUGGUCCGUGCGCUUUCCCGGCAACGAGGCCGACGCUGACGUGCACUUCGGCCUUCUCAGCUCUCGGCCGCCGCGGCCGCUGCCCGACGGGUUCUUGGUGGGUGACACUGUUUACUAUGCCGGCGCGAGCGGAGAUGGGCUGGAAUUCGGAUUGAGAGGCACGGUUGUCGGCCCUGCAAGAGCAGCAGAGGGCCUCACGGUGCUCUUCGAUGGCAACAAGGGAAACGUUCAACUGUUCUUCAACAAACACCCUUUCAGCCGGGAGCCUCCGCACCUGCUCUAUUACACUGGCUUUGCUCUGGACGAAGAGCUCUAUUACAACGGCACAGGCACGAAAUUUGAUAAUGGCGACCGGCUCGUUUACGGCUGGAGAGGACGCGUCGCUGGCCAAGCGGCUGGUGAUUUCGCCCGCACGGCCGUCGCAAUGCGUUUCGCCCACAACCAGCUCCCCAGAGUCUGCUACCUACGCAAUCUCACGCGAGAUCCGCCUCCACCUCUACCUGGCGGGUUUGCGCCGGACGACCUUGUGUACUACAAUGGCUCCUCAUCCUCCUUCGACAACGGAGAUGUGUUGAUGUUCGGAGAGAGAGGCACAGUCGUCGGCCCUGCGACUCUUGCAUCACACAAGGGCAAAGGCCUCGCGGUGCUCUUCGACGGCAACAAGGGAACCGUUCAAGUCUUCCUCAACCAGCUCAGCCGGGAGCCUUUGCCCUCCCCCCCCUCCGGCGAGUACACAUGGCCUAUCCCGGGCUUCUCAAAGAUCGAGGAGACGAAGCUCUCCUCUCCUACCUUCCAGGCCGGAGCAUUCAACUGGACACUUGAUCUCUACCCGAAGGGCGACGAUCAGCAGGGGCAGCUCUCGCUCUACCUCAGCGCGGCCGACUCGGCGACGCUGCCGGAGGGCUGGGCGCGGCAUGCGUCCUUCACGCUGACGGUCAAGAACCACCUCGAGGUGGUCACACGCAGUGUUACGAAACGAGCGCAGCGGAACGGCGCCAACAACCAGACCAGAGUAGGAGGAUACUAA